GCUGAUUUCACGUUUCAGAAUAAGUUUUAAAACAUUUUUAAUGAAAUAAAAACGUUCUUUUUGCGAGUCCACAUCUUUUGACAGACUGGUGUGUCACGUGAUGGGCGAGUGCUCUCCAUUAUUUAAACCUGACGUUGAGCUGUCGAGCAGUAUUUCUUAAUUCUAGUGUAUGGAUCUGUCAUGACAGUUUAUUCAGGGAAUCAAAUAAGGAUUUCGAUGCAUGCCUCAAAACAAUUAAUAUAAUUCCUUUCACUAAUUAUCGUGCGUUUCACGUACGUUUGAAAAAAACUUUUUGCUGGUAUACCUGACUUCGACAACUUACACAACUCCCGACUGAAAAAUGCAGUUUCAAAUCGGAGCAGUGUUAUUUGAACGAUGAAGAAUUCGACAAUGAAUGGGGGUUUAUUUCAGAAUAAUGAUGACCUGUUUAGGAUACAUUAUAAAUAUAGAAGACUCUGAACAGGAUUUGUUUUAGCAGCUCCAUACGAGAAAUAGUGGGCCAGAGGACCAGAGAAAAUGUUCAGCAAAACAUAAGUGUUGCAACUAUCGGGGAGGGAAAAAGCCAUUUUUCUCAGGUGUGCAAAUAACGUAAUGAACAACCUGGAAGCCACAUCAGAAUGUAAACAGAAGGAUGGAUGCUUCUGAUUUUGACGAACAACUACGCCAACAAGAACUUGAAAAAGAAGGGAAAUUUGAACCUCAAGAAAGUUCUUCUGCAAUUACUUAUACAGACAAAGAUGGGACCGUGUAUGAAUGGGAUUUUAAACAAAAAGUGUAUGUGCCUAAGAUUGAUGAGGAUUUCAUUGCUCAGUAUCAGAUGAAUUAUGGUGUUGCUGAUGCUGCGAAUGUUACAAACAAUAGUACUGCUGAUAUUGAAUAUAACCAAGAGCCUCCCAAACCAGUCUCCUAUAGCGAUGAACAGAACAAACCCAGUGAUACCAGUGCCAAGUAUAAACCAGCGCAAAAAUCAGAAGAUCCUGGUUGGUUCCAUGUUGAUGAUAAACACAAUCUGAAUGUUUAUGUGUCUGGGCUUCCGCUUGACAUCACAGAUGAAGAAUUCCUGUCAAUAAUGAAAAAGUGUGGUCUUAUCAUGCAUGACCCGAUGAAGAGGGCAGCAAAAAUCAAACUCUAUAAAGAUGACAAUGGUCAACCGAAAGGGGACGGACUAUGUUGUUAUAUCAAGCCGGAGUCUGUGAGCCUAGCGCUGCAGAUCUUGGAUGGUUAUGAUGUACGAGGGAAAAAGAUCAAAGUAGAGAUGGCAAAAUUUGAAAUGAAAGGUAAAUUUGAUCCAUCAAAAAAAAAACGAAAGUUAACGAACAAAGAGAAAAAGAAAUUCAAAGAGAAACAAGAAAAGUUGUUUGACUGGCGCCCAGAACCACUGCGUGGUAUGAGAUUCAAACGGGAAAAAACUGUCAUUCUACAAAACAUGUUUGAACCUAAAGAAUUUGAGGAGGACCCUUCUUUACUGCGAGAGCUGAAGGAUGAUGUACAAAGUGAAUGCUCAAAGUUUGGAGAAGUCCGGAAAAUUGUGAUUUAUGACCGAAACCACAAAGGUGUGAUAUCAGUGACUUUCAGAGAACCCGAAGAAGCCGAUGAAUGUAUUGUGGCUUUGAAUGGUCGGUGGUUUGCACAGAAAAAGAUCGUAGCUGAGACCUGGGAUGGCAAAGAGAAAUUCGACAUUGCCGAGACGGAAGAAGAACGGCAAGACCGUCUGAAUAAAUGGCAGCAAUUCCUCCAACAAGGUUCCACAUCGAAGAUUUCAAACGAGGCAGGUGGGGAACAUAAAACAGAGCUUGCAUCAGUGUCCGAAACACCAUCAGCUUCUACUUGAUACUCAGCCAUUUCACGACUCUGACACUUCGUUUCCGAGGUGUGUGCUGUCUUUUUUUUUUGGUUUUUUUUUUUUUUCACAUGAUAAGAGACAAAAAGCCUGUAUGUAACCACUUGCUAUAUAUACACACAUAUAUAUAUAUCUACCUAUCUACUACUUGCUGACCAUCCGUGCUCCCUUUCUUCGUAAGUAGAACGGGGAACUGACAAUUUUAUGAGCUUACAGCAACUAAAGUUGAAUAACAAUAAUUGUUUCUUGCACAAUAAUAAUAAUAAUAAUAAUAAUAAUAAUAAAGGGUAGUGUUCUGGCAGAAUCGUUAGCACGCUGGACUAAAUGCCUAGCAGCAUUUUGUCUGUCUUCACAUUCUGAGUUCAAACACCUCCAAGGCUGACUUUGCCUUUCACCCUUUUGGGGGUCGAUAAAUUAAGUACCAGUUGUAUACUGGGGUAAUAAUAAUAAUAAUAAUAAUAAUAAUAAUAAUGCCCCGAUGCAGUACCAGGCAGUGGCUCUCAUGGAUUAUGAUCUCAAUUGAUUGGAAGUGUUAUCAUGUACAUUGUUUUGUCUUGGUAUAAAAAGAUGGGCUACAGCAAAUAUUCUGCUCAGAUUUGCUUGUCAGUUGUUUGACCUUAACCACUUGGGCAUGUCCCUUAGUGGCUGACGAUGUGGGCUUCUCUGAUCACGAGCAGAAGUAGUGGGGGAGCUUCAUAGCCAUGUGUGGAGAGGAAUUCUUUGGGGUUUGAAUAAUUCACCUCUGGAAACAUGGGUGUUUUGUUCAAUAUCCUUAAACAACCCCAGGGACUUUUUGAACAGGAUGGGCAACUCGACCUGAAGAAAAUUCUAAGUGGGCCCCACCUGCGUGGUCAUGCGCUGUUUAUCUUGAUAUGAGAUCACUAUGUCGCGCACAUAUGGUUGUGAUGCAUGUGCCUGGUGUACCCUUAUCAGACGGGUAGUCAUGAUGGGUAUAAUGGGCUUCGUAUAUUUUACCCCAG